UUGGAAAUAUGUUUAUAAUAUGUAUUAUUUGUAUAGAUUACCAUCUCCACUCACCUAUGUACAUUUUCUUGGUUUGUUUGUCAUUCAUGGAAAUCUGUGGCAUUUCCACUGUGAUAUGCAAGCUUUUGUUCAUCCUUAUGUUAAAGAAUGAAACUAUAUCAAGAGCCGGAUGCCUUACACAAUCCUAUUUUUAUUUUUUUAUAACCUCUUCCGAUUUCCUACUCUUAAGCGUUAUGUCAGUUGAUCGUUAUGUGGCAAUCAGCUAUCCACUCCAAUACACCUCUAUUAUGAGAAAGAAAACAUGUAUCAGAUUAGUGAUUGGAUGUAUAUUAACUUCAUCUGCCUGCCUUCUGUAUCCUACUGUGACAAUCUCAAGUGCGCCCCUUUGUGGUCACGUGUUGAAUCAUUUCUUUUGUGACAGUGGAGCUUUCAUGAAAUUGAUCUGUGUAGAUACUACAUUAAUUAAAUUGUCUGCAGUAAUAAUAUCAGGCAUAAUCCUAAUUGGACCUUUAGUCAUUACAAUCAUAUCCUAUUUGUUGAUUGUGUUGACUGUAAUACAAAUUCCAUCGGACACAGGUCUAAGGAAAACAUUUUCUACUUGUAUGUCUCACCUCACAAUGGUGUCUAUAGUUUUUGGGAGUGCAAUAUUCAUUGAAAUUAGGCCAUCCGGGGAUUAUUCAAUAGAGACAGACAAAGCUGUGAAUCUGAUAAGCACUUUAUUGGGUCCUUUACUCAACCCCUACAUUUAUACUUUAAGGAAUAGGGCAGUAAGGGACUCAAUCAGAAAUUCAGUGAGAAGGAAAAUGAAUUUCUUACAUUAGAUGCAUAGU